AUGGUGGUGCUGGGCAAGCGCAAGGGAGACACAGUCCCCUCCACUGACGCCAAGAGAGUGAAGGAUGGGGCUACUCUGUGGUCUCCGUCAGCGGAUCUCGUGGCUUUUUCUAACUGGACUAAGUUCUCGAAUCUUGUAAACGAACGCUUUAAGUUGUCACUCAAGACACCACAGGAACUGUGGCAGUGGUCAGUCGACAACCUCGAGGACUUUUGGGGAGCGUGUUGGGACUUUACGGGGAUGGUGGCGUCGCAGCCGUACACGAAGGUGAUCGAGGACAAGGAGAAGAUGCCAGGUAGUAGAUAA